CGUUCGAUCUCAAUGAUGCAUGAUCCCAGACUGCGGUUUGCGUUAGCGCCUGAAACAGCAACGCGACCGUUGUAUAAUCGCUACAACUCACCACCAUGUUCGAGGCAAUUGUCACCACGCAACUGCUUUGGGUCUGUUUGCCCGUAAAAUGUUUUUUUAAAUCCUAGCAAAUUGUUUGAGUUAAUACCGUUAAUUAUCAGCAAACCGUUUUGAAAUUAACCAGAAAUGCGGCGAGCAUGGUGCGGGCAAAAUGCAAUCGACGGUUUACCGCAUUCGCCGGAUUGUUCGCACUGGGCGUUCUUGUUAUUACCACCAUACUUUUCCAUCACAACAGCAUUGAUAAUGUAUCGAACGAACGCGUUGUAGCACCGCCACCGGAUUCUCAUAAACUGAUAUUAUUCUGGAAUAAAUACUUCAACUACGAUCAUCCAGAUCUGCGCGCCAAUUUCGCGGGAUGCGCUGUGCAAACGUGCACGACAACCAACGACCGUUCGCGGUUAAGUGCCAGCAGCGCCGUCGUUAUCCAUGCCGGCAACGUCGAAAUCCAGGAUCUUCCGCCGACGCGACAUCCCGCGCAGUACUUUGUCUUCUUUCACAUGGAAAACCCCUUCCGCACCACCCCCAAUUUCCGGUUGCCGUUGUGGCGCAACUACUUCAAUCUGACGUGGACGUACCGGCGGGAUUCGGAUGUGCGCUCGGUCAUCUAUGUGAAUUACUACGGCGGACGUAGUUUGUGGGAGGAUGCCACCGCGGAGCGGGGGAAGUUGGAGGAGAGGAAGAAUGCUGCGGCAUCAUUGGUAUCGCACUGCGCAGCGGAGAGCCACCGCGAUGACUAUAUUCGCAAGCUGGAGCGGUAUUUUCCGGUGGAUUCGCUGGGGAAGUGUGGUUCUAAGAACGGAGAGUGGACCCAGGAUGAAUCGAUCAUUCGGCACUAUAAAUUCUAUUUAGCCUUCGAGAACGGGUUCUGCAAAGACUACGUAACAGAAAAACCCUUGCGGGCAUUGUUUUAUGAUACCGUUCCGGUUGUGAUGGGCGCAGCUAAUUACAGCGCUAUUUUCCCACCAAAGUCUUUCAUCAAUACUGCCGAUUUUGGAUCGGCCCGUGAGCUGGGCGAAUACCUGAAGUAUGUCUCCCAAAAUGUGAGCGCGUACGAAGAGUAUUUUGCCUGGAAGUACAAUCCCAAAUAUCUGCACUUGCCGAAAGAUUAUCAGUCUAACCACAACGAUGCUUGCCAACUGUGCACGCACCUGCAUCGAGCGGAUGCGCCGGUGAAGUCAUAUGGCGACAUUUAUGAGUGGUGGAUGGAAAGGUCACAAUGUGUUAUACCAUUUAUGGCGUACCGUGAAUGGAUGCCGCUGCCGACGUUUGUUAUUUUUUAUGGGUUUGCUGGGGUUGCUCUUAUAUUUUUUGCUGCGUACUUAAAGCGUCGUUUUCGACGAUGAACCUUGUAUAUAUUUUCUAAAUCGGAACUAUCAGAAUAAUGACAAAAAAAUGCGUAGAUUGUUACCGAUUUCUGCCAACUGAAACAA